AUGUGGGACACAAUAUCUGGAGUGUCGAAAGCAUCGACAAACCACUCGGCUCCAAGAUUCUUGCAACCUCCUCCAGCUCCAGUAAGCACAACAAUCUGUCCUGGCUUCACAUUUGAUUCCUUGAGUGCCUUGUAUACGGUAACUCCAGCACAGAGAAUCGGAGCAGCGGCAGCGAGAUUGGUGUCUUUAUUGAUCUUGGCAGCGUCGACUCCACGGAUAGUGAGCCUUGUCUCCGAGUUCCCAUCCGGUAACAUUCUUUCCAACUUGAACAACACUUCCAGCUCCUUCGUGUCCUCCAACCAAUGGGCAGACACUCAUUCCUUUCAAGUCUCCAAGCCAAACGUGAAGAUCGGAGUGGCAGAUUCCAGAAUAUUCGAUUUUGACAAGGAUCUCAUCAUCAGCUGGAGUAUCGAAGACGAGAGCACGUUGGGUGGCUGGGAGUUCAAUGGUCAUCUUGAGAAGGAAAUGUAG